CGUCACUGCAACCCUACUAUUUAAUUUCUGUUAGCUGAUCAGCGUGGUCAAAUCUUAUAGCCUCGAUCAGACAGCAGGAAUUGAAGAGAGGAGUCACUUGCCCACAUGAUGCCGCCAGUUGAGAAACCACAGCACCCCAAAUCCUUCAAGCAGAGAAAAAGCUUUGCCACGAGACAACAGGAGGUCGUGGGGAUCCGAACGAAGUUUCCAACUAAAAUCCCGGUUAUAAUUGAACGGUAUCAACGGGAGAAGUACUUGCCGCCUCUUGAUAAAACGAAAUUCCUGGUCCCACAAGAACUUUCCAUGACUCAGUUUGUUACCAUUAUAAGAAAUCGUAUGUCUCUGAUGCAGAGUCAAGCGUUCUACCUGCUCAUCAAUAAUAGCGGCCUGGCCAGCAUGUCUCUUACCAUGGCGCAAGUCUACAAGGACCACAAAGAUGACGAUGGAUUUCUCUACAUGACAUACGCUUCUCAAGAAAUGUUUGGUAAUUGUUGAAAUCCAUGAAGAGUCAGUGCCAAUUGCUGGGAAUGUUUGAGAUCUAAAUUGCAGGAUUGGAUAAUGUGAGGCCUCAGCUUUUGGCAGGCCCAAUAACUGAACUUCGUGUAUAGAUAUGAAAUGCAAUUUAUAUAUAAGGAUAUUUAAUAUUACUCUGGAAAUGUUUUGGUAUUGUUUUUAAGGUAAUAAAUGUUUCUAACUUUA